GCUAAGUAUUGUAAGAAGUCGAAUGAUAAAGCUUUAGAGAGUUUGAUUCCGGACGCUUUUCUGCCCGACGACAACGCGAGGGCCGCUCUAUCGACUGAUAUAGACAAUGUAUGCAGAUUUAGUGAUGAAUAGAAUCCGGCAAUUGUUCCUAACGCUGAUCGGUGUGCUUAAGCGAGCCAUGUGCUGCUUUUCACGUAGACGGAAACUAUCCCAUGGCGAGUGUGAGGUGUUGAGCUCGAUCAGCAUCGAUCGCAGCGCGCCGGGAGACGUUCGGAGUAAACACGUUUCCGAAAAAGAUUGGAACUCAUGGGACGAUGCACCGAGUACGGUUGAAGAGCACAUUGAGCGGUACCGGGAGACUCUGGCACAGCCACAGCACGUGGCGGAAUCCCCGGUAGAGGUGGAUUAUUUUCAGGAUAUGGCUCCGCAGAUCCUGCGCCAGCCUAAAAUCUGCAUCGCCGAAGAUUCUCAACCGCGUGACUUUAGCCGUCUGACGGCCAAUAUUGACAUUCCUGUGGUGAAUGAGCUAGAGGACUGGAACGAGGGCAACCAGACUGGUUGGGAUGACGCGGAUGAAUCCACCACUAAGCAAUUGAUUCGGGAAACCCGGAAGGAGUUGCGUGCCCAGCGACAGUACAGUCCAAAAAGGAUAUAGAGGAGUGGUGUUUGCCGCACCCCCCUUUUGUCGAGACAAAUCCUAGUCGUAAGGUUCCCUUGAGUUUGUUUUAAACAUUUUCGAAUCGUUUUGAUUGCACAAUCCUUACGAUUUGAUUUUUAUGUACUACAUUCGUGAUUGACGUGAGAGCUUCAAGAGCUACAUUGCGCUAAUAUCAGAUGCAUUGAUAGUGAGUGUUGAAAAUAAGAAACCACAUGGAUCAAUGAACAGGCGAACAGGCACCACAGCAUAUUCAAAUGGAAAUCGCAAUAUGCUGAUGCCAGUUCCACCAUUCCUAGUGAUGCCAUUGUAAAAGAAUUGUCUGCUUAAUUUCGUGCUAGUGUCUUUUGAGAAUGAAAUACAAAUUAAACUGCACAGUGCGAAUGCACUAUAUAGGAAUCUUCGCAAAGUAUGGUUGGUUGGCUUCAACUGGAGAGAUUUCAACACGAACUUUCCGGUCCCCUAUAUUGGGUUCUUAUAAAAAAUGAACAAGCGCAUCCAAAAGAAAUCCUCUGACAUUGUACGUCACCAAAAGAUAAUAAACGCAUGAUCGAAAAAUGAUUAUAUUUCAUGUAAGGAAGCUGUUGCCGAAACCUUGGGAUGACUCGACAUUAUCCUGCAAAGGACUUUUAGAAUAUGGGGCGACAAAAGACUGUUGAUAUAAUUUUACUGCAAAAGGCAGCGGAUCCAAACGCUAAAGCUAUGCGCGAA